AUGUGUUGUGUUUUUUUCACAGGCUAUCCUUGGCAAAGAGUUGGCUGAGAAGUGCGCAGGCUGCGUAUUGAUUAAUAUGGAACCAAGUAUCGGCGGACGAGAUGCUGGGUUCAUUACUCAACCAGACCUGAAAGGACAGAAGGGAGAGAAGGGUCUGGACUGCGCUGGAUCUGGAUCUACCGGUUCAUGCUCUGAAGGACCCAUGGGCCAGAAGGGAGAGAAGGGGGAGUCUGGGCUUCCAUUGAACUGGGCAGAUGGUCUUGGACCAAGGGGAGAAAAAGGAGAAAAGGGAGAGUUCGGUGCCCAGGGUACACAAGGACGUCCUGGAAAAGAUGGGCGGGCCGGAUCCAUUUGUUUGAUUGGACCCAAAGGUCAAAAGGGAACUCGUGGAGAUGUUGGGCCUGAGGGUCUAGCAGGGGAAUCAGGGACACCUGGGAAGCCUGGACUGCCGGGAAUCGGGAAACCCGGGCCACCGGGACCGCCUGGUGGACCGCCAGGCACAAACGGAGACAAAGGGGAUUCUGGGACACCUGGAAAAGAUGGAGAACCAGGAGAUCCAGGGCCAAGAGGUCCAGGGGGAUCUAAGGGCGAGAAGGGAGAGUCCUGUGGCCCAUGUCCUGAUGGUCUCGGAGGGCAGGGGACGCGCGCGGGGACAGGCGUGACCCUCCAGGCGACGCCAGGCCCUAAGGGGGAGCAGGGGGCCCCAGGGAUCGGAGAGAAGGGCCCGGAGGGGCCAACAGGAGCGGACGGCAAGCCAGGAGAGAAGGGGGAGCCGGGGGCAGAGGGGCUAAAAGGAGAGAGGGGUAUCUGUGGUGCUGAGUGUCCCACAGGCUCUGGUACCUUGCCUUUAGGCCACCUCCAGCAGAAGGCCCCGAAGGGAGAGAAGGGAGAGCAAGGCGAAACUGGCGGAAGAGGAGCAGAUGGGAAACCUGGGAAGACGGGGUCUCGGGGACCUGCUGGAAAAGAGGGACAGAGAGGAGGGAAGGGAGAUGCUGGGAUACCAGGCACUGGAACACCGGGCCUCAAAGGCGCAAAGGGUGAUUCAUGUGGCGUCUGCCCAUCCACCACCUCUGAGCCAGGGGACGGGAGGGGUGGAGUGGAGGGCACCGAAGGCAAGCAGGGUCCACCUGGACUGACAGGAGCCAAAGGAGAAAAGGGAGGCCAGGGAUCACAGGGAGACCCUGGCAUCGCUGGCACUGCAGGUACACCAGGGCUGCCAGGAGAGUUCGGGCAAGACGGCAUACCUGGCACCAAGGGAGAGAAGGGAGAUGCUUGUGACAGCUGUCCAUCACUGCCUGAUGGUUUAUCAGAUGUGGUGGGCGUGCCCGGGGUCAAAGGUGGGAGGGGUGAACCGGGACCGCCUGGAGUUGGCUCACCAGGAAGACAUGGUCAGCCAGGCCUUCCUGGGGCACAGGGACCUCCAGGACCUAAGGGAACACAGGGUGACCAAGGACCCUCUGGCAUUGGACUUCCAGGACCACAGGGCAUAGAGGGACCAAGAGGGCCUCCUGGCAUUCUGGGUCCCAUUGGACCAGCUGGAGUCUCUGGACCAAUUGGGCCUCAGGGAGAGAAGGGCAUGAGGGGGGAGAAAGGACUUGAAGGACCAGCAGGCCCAGAGGGUGUUGGCCCAAUGGGACCUCCGGGCAAAGUGGGUUCUCCGGGUUCUCCUGGUAUCCCUGGAGAAGAUGGCCAAACUGGAGCCAAUGGAGCUAAAGGCGAAAAGGGUUCGCCUGGAGAUUGUAACUGUUUGCCACAACAAGUUCCCACUGGAAAUGGUGGACCUGGAGCGCCAGGAGUGAGUCCAGGGGGGAAUCUGUUACAGCCUGGUUCUCAGGGGCCCCCUGGUCCUCCGGGUCCCCCCGGGCCUCCAGGGCCCCAAGGCUUUAGAGGACCGCCGGGCAACGAAGGCCUACCAGGGAAACCGGGUCUGGCCGGAAACGUACUUCCUGAUAAAUUCCCUCCAUCCGUCCCCAAAGUGGACCCCAAGAAGCAGGAGCCCUGUGAAGACUGCGCGCAUGGCCUGCCUGGCGUGCCUGGCCGUUCGGGCACCAAGGGCGACAAGGGUGAGCAGGGUGAGCAGGGCAAACCGGGCAUCACGGAGGCCGACGACUGUGAGCGGUGCUACCAGAGGCUUCAGGGGGAAGAGCCUGCUCAGGAAGUAUCAAAUCCCACGACAACAGGAACUGUUAAUACGGGCUGUGCAGGUGGAGCGGGCUCACCAGGUCUCCCAGGACAUCCAGGUGAACAGGGUCCUGCAGGCCAGAGAGGGUUCGCUGGUCCUCCGGGUGCGAUCGGUCCUCCAGGCUUCCCUGGUCCACAGGGUCCUUCUGGCCUUCAGGGCAUGCAGGGAGAGAGAGGGACAGCUGGACCACCUGGCCUGAAGGGUGAACAGGGGUCGUCAGGAACUCCUGGAUACCCAGGAACCAUGGGACCGCCUGGACUUACAGGACUAAAGGGGGAACGUGGAGGGACCGGCAAUAACGGGGAGAAGGGCGAAUCGGGACCACCAGGGACGCCAGGUUACCAGGGGAAACAAGGACUUCCUGGCACCAAGGGUGAGGCUGGCUCUACCGGAGCUGCGGGACCAAAGGGAGAACAGGGUUUCACAGGACAACCUGGUUUCCCAGGGCAACAGGGACCUCCAGGCUUCCCAGGGAAGGCAGGGCCUACGGGGCCAGCAGGACCCAAGGCAGACAAGGGUGACACUGGCCUUCCUGGGCAACAGGGAACAACUGGACCCUCAGGCCGCCAGGGACCCCCAGGCAUGAUGGGACCCCCAGGUAUGGAGGGCGGCGAUGGAAAACCUGGGACCACUGGACAGAGAGGAGAUGCUGGCCCUCCUGGUCCCGCCGGUCCCAGAGGAAUCCCGGGUUUCAAAGGCAUCAAAGGCCAUACGGGCUUCCCUGGACCAAAGGGAGAUUGUGGCCCCAUGGGUCCGUCCGGGAUGGCAGGCAAACCAGGCCUCGAGGGUGAUCCUGGCACUCCUGGGCCACAGGGCCCCCCUGGUUCUCCUGGACAUCUUGGGGCUACUGGAGCCACAGGACCACCCGGACCAACUGGCCCUCCAGGAGUGGGUGUAAAGGGAGAAAAAGGAGAGCAGGGAGACAGAGGCCUGGGAGGACUUCCUGGAUCCCCAGGAGCGCCCGGACACCCAGGAAUGAUGGGAGAGUCAGGGAAUGAUGGAAAAGAAGGAAAAGAUGGAAUACCAGGUUUGCCCGGACAAAAUGGGGAUCCAGGACACAAGGGUGAAGCGGGAGCCACCGGACAGAGGGGAUCUCCAGGGGAGCGUGGCCCACCGGGUCUAUCAUCGGGAGGAGGCGGGUACAACUCUAAAAAGGGUGGAGGUAUGAUGGGACCCAUAGGCCCACGUGGAGAGAGGGGAUCACCAGGACAACAGGGACCUGCAGGACCAUCCGGACGUGAUGGCCAGCCCGGGACCGACGCUGUUGUGAACUACGAUGACAUCAGGAGCUUCAUCAGGCAACAGGUCAUCAAGAUCUUUGAUGAGCGGAUGGCCUACUACAUGUCGCGCAUGCAGACGCCCGUAGAGAUGGUGUCGUCUCCAGGGCGACCAGGACCUCCCGGCAAGGACGGAAACCCAGGCAUAUCAGGACCGCCAGGGGGGCCUGGCCGCCCGGGGCAGAUUGGCCGCGAGGGUCGCUCAGGGCCUAUGGGCCCCCCAGGGGGGCCUGGGGUGAGGGGAGAGAAGGGAGACAAGGGAGCAGGGGAGAUGGGUGACUCUGGACCCCCCGGUGCUCCAGGUAUUCCGGGACCUCAAGGCUACGGGAAGACGGGACCCACAGGUCCAGCGGGCCAACAGGGUAUCCCAGGAGUGCCGGGAACGCCCGGGCAGCCCGGCUCCAAGGGCAAGGAGGGGCGCUGUAACCCCUCCGACUGCAUGAGCAUGCCAGUGGAGUACAACCCCAAGGCCCACGCUAAAGGGCCCUGGUAGAGGAAGACGAGAGAGAGUGACCGAUGGAGGGAGACGAUGGAGAUGUUUGUAACAGAUAAAAUGGGAGAGUUUUACUGCAGGACAAGCACACUUGUAGUUGGGUUGGCAAAAGCAAAACAACAAAAAAAAAAAAAAGAAAGAAAGAAAAAGGAGGAGAAAGACAGCAGAAACUUCCAGAAAGGCCGUAAUUUACCCCCUGUGUCGCCGUAUCCAAGCUACUGCAUUGUUGUGCCAACCACUCGCUAAGCUUGUUUGGACCGCCCCCCAAAUGGAAGCCUUCUGCCAGAACACCCCCACCGCUUAAACACCAUGUUUGCUUUAAGCCUGUGUUUGAAAGGAUGCUCCUCCUCUCUCAAGCUUCUCUCUCUCUCUCUCUCUCUCUCUCUCUCUCUCUCUCUCUCUCUCUCGGGGCUGGAGUCACAUCAACGCAUCCAGAUUGGCAUCCUGUUGUGUUUUCAGCCACUGUCAUCCGUCUAAGAGGUUGGACUGAGGACUUAGGGAUCCUGAGACUUUGGAUCAGAUUGUUUAUCGUUACUAUCUCAAACUCCACCACCGUCCACAUGCCUCCACAAGUGACACCUUUUCAACUUCCUUAUUUCAGAAAUUAGCUUUAAUUUUUGACAACCAUCCCCCCCAACACACACACACACACACAAAACACGCACACACACACACACACACACAUACAGCUAAUGGAUUUACUUCUUCUGAUAUCUGAAAUGUGUUUUGCUCAUAGGCAGCUGUUCAACUCGUGCUUUUCCCUUUCCGCCGUCGUCUGGCCGCUAUCUGAGGUGACUUGUUUAUUUUUGAGAAAGACCCAGCAGUUCCACACGUGUCCUCGUUGUAUGUACUUCUGCUAUGCAAUCAAAGAUCGAGAAGUUUCAAGAACAUUCCUGGAAGAAAAUAAUAUCCCCCAUGGCUGAACAAAUAUACAGCAACAGGUAAUGCCUAUGGUACCAUCAGUAUAUAAAUGUGCCCACUUUAGUAUUGGGCGUGUGUUGUGUACAUAUCAAUAUUUAUAUAUAAUGGCUUUUUUUGUAUGAUUUUGUUUUUGUUUGGUUUUUUAACAAUUGGCAUAAGAAUGGCAUAUCUCUCCACCCAUGCCUGUCAUCCCUGAUCCAUCCACAAGGGGGUCAAUGUGAGAAAAUAGUCUUCAUAAGCUGGGAACAGGCCAGAGCGUCACUAACUGGGCAAACUCUCAUGUCUGUGUGAGCCUCUACUUUAAACAGCGUUUCUACGCUUUAUCCAUCUGUAGCUGGUCCAGACAGUGAAAGCUGGAAGCUAAUUGUCUGCCUGUUUUAUGUGGGAUGCUUCCAAUUCGAGUCUUUUGGUGGAAGCACAAAGCAGAGUAACUAACAAGCAGUCACUGCAUCACAGAUGCACCCCGCAAUGCUGCACAUCCAAACCUCCUGAGCCUCGUACAAACUUGAAUUGCUUUCCUUUUUUUUACUGCAGCACUCACACAUCAGCAUAACAACAAAAAAAAAUCUUCUUUUUUAUCUUCUUAGAUAAUCUCAUGCAUUUCAAAUAACUGCCAUCAUCAAAAAAUAUAAAUCACCUUGUACAUGCCUCAGAUCAUCUCUUCAUUACUCGAUUGCUCCACUAAAUGGACACGGAAUGAUAAGCCAUCAAUCAUCUGUCGCCAUGCCAACGAGCCUGAAUCUGUAAUAUGGAGCACUUUAGCCAAACUGUUGAUGGAGUUGCAGAGUUUGUUGUCUGUGUGUACUGUCCAGAGAUCUGAUUGGCUGUUGAGACCGUCCAUCAUCUGUCUGUAAAGCCCUGCCCCAUCCUCCUUUUUCUUCAUAAAUCUCAUGCUGUUACCAUGCCAACACCUUUUUAUCAUGCCUGUCAUCCGAAUCCAUCGUGUGCUAAGAGUUUUUUUUAUGGAAAUCUGAGAAAAGCAAAUAAAUAUUUUUAAUGCAGA